CCAAGUAAAAAUUUUUGAAGAGAAGUAUUUAAAUAAUUGGGCUGAUGGGGCAGUGCCCAUCAACUCCUAAACUUUUUUCAUUUUUAAUAAAAGUUGAUCAAAUGGUUUGUAGACAUUGCCACAUCAAACCAAUUGUAUGUAAGUAGAGGAUGGAAGUUGAUUAUCUAGCAUUACCUCUUUUCUUCAAAUAACGUCAUGAGUGGGGCCUCUUGUCCUAACAACUUGCUUGAGCAUAGGUUUUAAAAGUAAUGAUAUAAGGAGGACUAGAAUCCUCCAAAUUGUGAUGUGAACUUUAAAAUAACCAUUAAAUUUGAUAUGGUCAUUAUUGAAUUUCGAUCUAUUGAUAAUUUUAAAAGACACUUCACAUUUGGAAGAACUCUAAAAGGACUAUAGUCCUCCUAAUCCCUUGUUUUAAGGACAUAGUUGACUUGUCAAAUUAUGACUAAUGUUGAUUAAUGGAUAUGAUUCUUGUUUUCUUAACAUGGUGCCAUUGAAUACUUGAAGUUAUGUUCUGUCUCACAUACUAAAUAGAAAAGCAUGUAGUAGGAAGCAUAUGUUUUUCAAAUGUUAAGAAUAUACGCCAUAUACGUGACAGUUUUAGAUUGAGUUGUCCUUUCCUCAUAUUAUAAUUGAAAUUGUUGCAUUAUUAAACCCAGUUGUCUGUUUUAUUUAGAGAGAGUGCACCCAGAAAAUAAAAGAAUGCCAAGUAUUACUUCACCAUCAUUGUAUUCCCUGCUUGUCAAUACGUUCUGUUUACCCCGUCUCCUACUGAAAAGCUGAUUGUUUGAUUAACGUAAAUCAACUUGGUACCCACCAAGUUAAGACUUUUCAAAGACGCCAAAUGCUUGUCGUCUUUAAACGGGUUUUGCUUUUCUUUCCACGCCACCCCAAACUUUUCCCAAAGAUAGUGGACCAUAUAUCAAUUUCUUUUGUUUUAUUACUUGAAAGACGCGUUAUACAAUUAUCACCACCAUAGUCUAAUCUUAUUCACCUUUAUUCAAAGGUUCACACGAGAAUUAGAGAGGCAGUACAUGGGUGAUCACUCAUGAUAGAUCUUUUACGUUUUGGUUUUAGUCCAUCAGAUUUUUUGGAUGGUCAGAGGUUUUGAAGAGUCAAGGAGUCAAGUAUUUGUAAUGCGGGGCAAUAAGGAAGAUGGGUAGGAAAAUCCCUCACCUCAGUACCAUCUUCGGCUGUGGUAUUAAGAAAUUUCCGAAAUCACAGACCAAUUAUCACUUGCUCUAAUCUCAGCCUUGUAUUACAAGUCUUCCAUAUCCAUUUUCCAAGUCAACUACCGUGUUAAACUGAUUAACUAAAUGUUAUGUAGUGAAGAAACAAGGAAAGACGUUAUUUCAAUUUAGGGCAACACGUUGGUGGUGGUGUUUGUUUUUUUUCUCUGGUGAAUUGGGAAUUUUGGGAUGGCUUCUGUCUCUCUAUUCGUUUUCUUUGUUCUCUCACACUUCGUGCCGCUUCACUCGGCUCAAGAAGAAGCGGGAUACUCGUACACCCAAAGAUGUCCAGAGUUUCACUGUGGAAAUCUGCGCCCCCUUGGCUUUCCAUUCGCAAGUUUGUCACAACCAGAAUGCGGUGUUUUUACAAUAGAGUGUGGGAAUCCGUAUUCGACGAUCCAACUGGAGGAGGGCGGGAGAUUAUAUCAUGUUCAAAGAAUCUCUCAGGAUAACACCAUACAUAUCAAAGACGAAUGGCUUGGGGAGCAGCUGCAGCACCCCGCUUCCGUUGAAUGCGAAUCCUUACAUAAUCUGACUAUUACCAGCUCUUCGUUCGUCUCUUUUGAAUUUUUCCCCAAACAGACCUUUUUUAAAUGCAAUCGCACUCCCCCAACAAAUUUUAAAAGAUUUAGUUGCAAUGACCAUCAUAUCUACUAUAAUAGUUCAAGCGAUAGUUUUCCCACUUCUCUCUCUGGAUGUUCAAUUAUUCAGCUCCCAAAGAAUCCGAACGCAGAUCUUGUGGCAGUUGAUAGCCCGUUUGAACUUUUAGCCGUUGAGUUCGACCUUAAACCGCAUGUCUCUGAUGCAUGUUACAAAUGUUAUCAAAGAGGAGGUCAUUGUAAGCCCAAGCCCGACGACAAGGGGGAACUUGAUUGUCUGGUUCCGGAGAAAGAGAGAAACAGACAUAAACUGGCGAUAGCAUUUGGUGUCGUAUGUCCAGUCAUCUUCUUCAUAAUGAUAUGCGUUUUCUUUAUUAUCCGGCAUCAUUACAAGAAAAAAUAUGCUUCUUCAACCAUGCUGGCAAAGAAUGCUAAUUCUGAUCCAUCCUCAAGAUCAGACCUGGAAGGGGGGAGUGUCUACUAUGGAGUCCCUGUUUACUCAUACAGCGAACUUGAAGAAGCGACCAAUAAUUUUGAUACUGAAAAAGAACUUGGAGAUGGAGGCUUUGGAAUUGUCUACUAUGGCAAACUCCGUGAUGGGCGGGAAGUUGCAGUCAAGCGCCUAUAUGAGCACAACUACAGACGAGUAGCACAGUUCAUGAAUGAAGUUGAAAUCCUCACCCGCUUACGCCACAAAAAUCUAGUCUCCCUUUAUGGCUGCACCUCACACCGUAGCCGUCAACUUCUUCUUGUAUAUGAAUAUAUUCCCAAUGGCACUGUUGCUGACCAUAUUCAUGGAGAACGAGCGACGCUGGGUUCACUCACAUGGCCGACUCGUAUGAACAUCGCCAUAGAAACUGCUACUGCAUUGGCUUACCUCCAUGCUUCUGAAAUCAUACAUCGCGAUGUGAAGACUAACAACAUUCUCCUCGACAAGAAUUUUUGCGUCAAAGUUGCAGAUUUCGGGCUUUCUCGGCUGUUCCCCAAUGAUGUCAGCCAUGUCUCAACAGCUCCUCAGGGAACUCCAGGCUAUGUUGACCCAGAAUAUCAUCAAUGUUAUCAGCUUACUACUAAGAGUGAUGUUUACAGCUUUGGGGUUGUUUUAAUCGAGCUCAUAUCAUCUCUGCCGGCUGUUGAUAUAGCUAGGCAUAGGCAUGAAAUUAACUUGGCUAACUUGGCCAUAAGCAAGAUUGAAAAAUCCGCUUUCCAUGAGUUGAUCGACCCACAUCUUGGAUUUGAGUCGGAUAAAGAAGUUGAAAGGAUGACCAUUUUGGUGGCACAGUUGGCUUUUCAAUGCAUACAACAGGACAAGGAAACGAGACCUAGCAUGGAUGAGGUCUUGGAGGCUUUGAAGCAGAUUCAAAGUGGUAAUGAUGCGCCGGAGGAUCAAGAGAAGGGAUUUGAUGAUGAUGUGGUCGUGAAUGUAAAGCCACCAAUUUCGCCGGAAUCUGAUGAGGUUGCGUUGUUGAAGACUAAACAGCUGCCACCUUCACCAAUUUCUGUGAACACUAAUUGGACUAGUAGGUCAACUACACCUAAUAUCAGUAGCUAAAUUUCUUCUCCAUGCUGCUAUGCUAUCGAGUAGGGAUAAGAAUAUGUUUAACACUCCUUCAGACGCAAAUGAGUGUGCUUUGAAAUUUCAUUUUCUUCUCAUCUACUGGUUCUGUGUUGUUCAUGGAAGGCAUAUAUCGUUGAUAGGUUAAGGUUUUGGGGGAAUGUACAUAAUAUGAAUGGAGUUAUUAGUAUCAUUCAUAUAUAUAUAUAGCAGAGAUUUCGGAUUAUUUGUUUCA